UCGAACUACCAGCUACAAUAAUUAUUCUAGGCAGCCAAUUCAGAAACCUAGUUCCUCAGUUAGUACUGCGAGAAAUUCUAAAGAGAUGGGAAAUGAAAAAGGUGGCCAUAAAGCCAUUAAUAUUGGUGAGGUUAAUGUCAGAUUUGCCAAUAUUCACUCAAACUUUGAGAAGAAGGGUACGACAACACCUGUUAAACCAACAUCAACGAAACCAACAGAAAUAAAAAAUAAAAAUCCAGUGAUAGUAAGUACUGAUAAGACAGUUAAAGAUCCAGUAUUCAUGUCAGUAUUGGAAAGGAAGGCACUCUUUGAGAAGAAAUCUGAAGCUACUAUUAGAAAUAAGCAAGACAAAAUAAAGUCCUCACAUAUUAAAGAAAAUACUUGUACUAAUCCAAGUUUUUUACAAAAUACAGAACCAAAAUCAGAGACUGUUGCUGGCAAAUUGGUUAAUAUUUUAAAAGCUCAAAGUACUAUUUCUGAAACUGAAAUAGUUUCAAGUAUCAAGGAGCAAAGACAAAAAGAGAUGGAGAUGUUACUCAAUAGGUUUAACAAAAACAAGGGCAAUAAGGACGAUAAACCCAUACCAAAAGAAGUUGUUUCAAAAGAAGAGCUACCUUUACAAGAAAUUAUCAAAGAAAAGGAUCAUCAAAGAAGCAUUGAGAAACCUUUGAGUAUUCCUUCAGACAGUCACCCAUUAACACGCGACAUAAAUUUUAAUGAGGACUUAAAGCACAUUAAAGAUAAUCAAUUGGAUUAUCCGAUUGAUAGUACUACACAGGUCAAGAACAACAUGGACAAGAACCCUUUACCAAACGAAGAUAAGUCAAAACAAACACAUUUGCCUAUAAAAGAAGAUAAUGAUAUAAGUAUGGAAAAACGUGGCAGUACUCACUCAAUAGUACCAGAGAUGAAUUGUGAUAAAAACUUAAAACAGAUUCAAGAAAAUCAAUUUGAUUUUCCAAUAAGUAGUCCUGCACUACCUUUAAACUCCUCAGAAAGUAAUGGUGUGGAAAUUGUUUAUCAAAUAACUUCUCAUAAAAGACCCCACAGUAACAACUUCACCGUAAGCAUAGUUUCAAACAUUUUAAACGAAGUUUUAGAUAAAAUGGAAGAAAAUCCUAAUGGAGCAACUCCAUCGAAGCAAGGCAGGGUAUCUGAAGAUAAUGACGUUGUAACUCCCACUCGUUUAUGUGACUCCGAAGAAUCAACGCCAAAAAGUGUAAUUUCCCCCAUAACUUUACCUUUUAACAGUCUGUCGGGUAAGCUCAAGAGAAAACAAAGUAUGGACAACGCAGAAGGUGAGAAAAGGAUACUUUUGAAGCACACCGUAAGUUUAUAUAGGAAGCAACAGGCUCAGAUGACGAAACCUUUGGUGAAACAAACACGACAACCUUGGCGUCACCAAGUGUCAAUAGAUAAUGGUGACGAAUCAGCAGAUCUAGUCAAGAAGGCUCAAGAACUUAACGAAGAGGUCAAUAGGCAACAGACGAUUAUAGCUCAAACUAGUCAGGCUCUAGAUUUGUGCACUAGUACCCCCGAAUUCGUCGGGUCUUUGGAGCAGGUGGAGGCUGAGAAGGUGUUGUUGGUGGCUACCCACAGGCAUCAGGCAGCUCUACAGGAGGCUCAAAGAAUACAAGUUGAUGGUACUACAAAAUCCAACAAUGGGCUCUCGCAGAGUUUACCUCUAGAAAAGGGUACUCUGACGAUUUCAAACAUUAGAUUACCCCUCAAGCAACAGUAUUUAAAAGCUUUAGCAGCUGUCGGUGGUAAUGGCUUUCAUUUUAUAUGUUUAGUAAAAUGUGCGGAGCAGGUCGUGCCAACAAAAUUGACCACAACAACUGAAAACUAUUUGUGCAUUCCUGAUAUAAUUACACUGAGCAACAUAUACAGUGACUUCAUCGUGAGGUUUGAAGUGUACGGUUUGGAGACAAAAAAGGAGUCGACUCAGGAUGCGAAGCAUCACGUUAACAGAAAAAGUACCAAUAAACUGGCAACUCAAAGUAACACCGACACAGCUCUUUCAACUGUUAAGGCCAGUUCAUUCAUGUUGUUGGGUUACGUCAUGUUUUCCGUGCAAACCAGCAAUAAGACCCACUGGGUACUAAACAACUGCCCAUUAUUGAGCCCUUUGGAGGGUUAUGUCGACAUGAACAUUAACUGUGAGUUGGAAAUUUCGGUGAAGCACAAAGGCUUCCUGACCAUGUUCGAAGACAUCGGUGGCUUUGGGGCUUGGCACAGAAGGUGGUGUUCGUUGAAGGGUUUCACGUUGAGUUAUUGGAAGUAUCCUGACGACGAAGGAGUAAUGGCACCCAUUGCUUGUAUUUGUUUAAAGCAGUGUGUUACUGAAAAUGUGGCACCUGUUAGUACGGACAUUUGCACUCGACUACAUACUUUCCUGCUGGAAAUUGAGAGGGAUGCGUAUCCGGAGGACAAAGUCACUUUAGUGAUGCAGCGAAAAGGGGACAAGACAAUAAUAAAGCAUUUAUUAUCGGCUGAUACAAAGGAAGAGAGGAUAAAGUGGUGUCAGAAGUUUAACUCAGCUUUGACAGCUACAAGAAUGUGGGGAAUUAGAGAUUAAUUUUAAGGGUUAUUUAUCAUCCUAUUUAUUUUAUUGCAUAAGCAAAUAUGUAUACUUUUAGAUAUAAUAUUUUUUUAUCAUUUAUAUACUCACAUAUUUAUAUUUAUAUCUUAUAUUGUAAACAAUAAUUUAAUGCUGAAUAAAUUGAAUAUUUGUUGCAUUCACUGAAAUCAACCCAAUCAAUCAAAUUAAAAUAAAAAUUUUAAUUUA